GGCUGCAGGCGUAGGACCACAUUCGCGGGUUUUCCCGGCGACCGAGAGUCGUGGCUUACAGAAGAGAUGAAAUGUGGUCUGAGGGGCGUUAUGACUAUGAACGACUUCCAAGAGAAAGGGGACCUCCUCGGAAUCACCCCAGUGAUGGCUACCAUAGAGUAGUUAAUAUUGUGCCAAAGAAAUCACCUCUGCUAGAAAAGAAACCACCACUGCUAGAAAAGAGACCACCUCUGCUAGAAAAGAGACCACCUCUUCUAGACAGACCUGAUGAAGGAAGCUACAGUAGAUAUUACAGUCAUGUUGAUUACCGAGACUAUGACGAGGGCCGCAGUUUUUCUCAUGAUCGAAGAAGUGGUCCACCUCACAGAGGAGAUGAAGCUGGUUAUAGAUGGACCAGAGAUGAUCAUUCCAUAAGCCGACAGCCUGACUACAGGGACAUGAGGGAUGGCUUUAGAAGAAGAAGUUUCUAUUCUUCCCAUUGUUCAAGAGAGCGGUCUCCUCAUAAAAGAGAUGCUCCUUUUUUCAGAGACUCACCUGUAGGCCGGAAGGACUCCCCGCACAGCAGAUCUGGCUCCAGUGUCAGCAGUAGAAGCUAUUCUCCAGAAAGAAGCAAAACGUACACUUUCCAUCAAUCCCAGCAUAGAAGUAAGGAGAGACCCAUCCAGUCUUUGAAAACAUCAAGAGAUACUUCACCCUCAAGUUCUUCAGCAGUUUCUUCAUCAAAGGUGUUAGAUAAAUCAAGCAGGCUAACUGAGAAGGAACUUAGUGAGGCUGCAAGCAAAUGGGCUGCUGAAAAACUAGAAAAGUCAGAUGAAAAUAAUUUGCCUGAAAUUUCCGAGUUUGAGACGGAAUCCACGGCACCCUUGUUUAUUGAUCAGACAGGAGAACCCGAGGUGAACACAGUGGAUGGCACAGAGUUGUUUGAAGACAGCCAGUUGACCAGUCGCUCUAAAGCAAUAGCAUCAAAAACCAAAGUGAUUGAACAGGUUUAUCGGCAAGAUUGUGAGACUUUUGGGAUGGUGGUGAAGAUGCUGAUUGAAAAAGAUCCUUCAUUAGAAAAAUCCAUACAGUUUGCACUGAGGCAGAAUUUACAUGAAAUAGGUGAGAGGUGUGUGGAAGAACUCAAACAUUUCAUUGCAGAAUAUGAUAGUUCUACCCAAGAUUUUGGAGAGCCUUUUUAGGAGAAUUAGUGUUGAUGCCAAAAAGAAGUUUAUAGGUCCUUCCUCUGAUUGUGUGAAUCCUUAAUAUUUUGUGAUGAAGAAAAAUACUUUAUUAUAACUGGUCCUUUCUCAUAUCAAAUAAACAUCUAAAGUAGUCUGUUUAAAAUAUCUGAAUCAAAAAUGUUUUCUACAUGGACAGUCUGCUAAUAUAUAUUCAUGCCCCUCCCUCUAAAAUAUGAUGGUCAUUUAAAGCUUGAAAAAGCAGUUCUGGGAGCAGUUUUCUAUACUUAACACAUGUUCUUUAGUCUUCCACAAUAUGAUCAUUUGGUUACAAGUGUCAUGUAUAGUUAGAAAUCAUCCCACUUCAACAGUAGUCUGUUUGCAUUUCAUGUGAGUGAUCCUAUGUGAGAAUAUUAGCAGUUUGAGUUGUGAUUCUAUAGAUUUAGGCUUGCUUUUCUUAAUGUAACUCUUCACAAUGUCAAGGUUUACCAUCCUAAUGAAUUAGUACUUUGGUGUCUUAGAGAAUAUUUGCUUUGAGAAGAAUUCUCAGUCAGUGAUAAAACAGCACUUAAAAUCUCUACAAAAGACCUCUGAGAAUACAAUACUGUUUUCCAAGUACAUGAACUGAAUGCAUCUGUUCCACUAAAAUACUCGUAAAACUUUGGACCAUGCUGUCUGAUGUGUAGUUUUAAACAACAUCGUAGAUAAGACUUAGAAGAUGGAAGAGGGUUUUAAGGUUAAGAUUUCUCAGAAACCCUUCUGAUCAUUAGAGGAAAACAUAAAUAGGCCCAUACUCUGUAUUAAAACUAACAUGCUCAUAGAUUAUUCUAUUAAUCUCUGUGAUCUCAGUUCCUUGUUCUAUGGUUCUUAAGAGGUUCUCAGCUCUUCAGAAGUAUUCCUGAAAGAAAGAAAGAAAGAAAGAAAGAAAGA